AACUCUGGACUGGCGGCCACUGAACUGGGCAUCCUCCAAUGCGGGCACGUGGAGGAGGCUGCAGGAAUUGUGCUCAUUGACAUGCAAACAAGCUGCAACUAAGUCCAAACUGCACUGUGGAGAACUAUCUGCUGCUGGUAAGAUGUCUUGAAUUAAGGUGGACGUGUUUCGGGGACUGAUGGAUGCCGACAUUUUUCUCAGUGUGUAAAGGCGGCGGGUGGUGGCAGAACAUGCUUUCCAUUCACAAAAAGCAUUCAUUCACCUCGCGAAAGCAAAAAGAGUUGUGCCCCUCAGGAUGUGGGGAUGUGGGUAAGCACACGGAUGUGGAUGGGGGGCAGUUGGGAGUGAAACUGCGACAGCUCCACGCGCCUGCAAAGGUACAUAUUUGCAUAAAUAAGUAGACACACACUCUCGGUUAAUGAAGAACUUAAUUCGCAUCACAAACAGAAGUUUGUCCCCUCUUAAUUGGGAAAUGUUUCGGUUUUAAGGCUUUAAGGCAGGCGAAUCGCACGAAAUAGGCUCUACAAUCAGUCAAUUCUUUUUAUGCAUAUAAAUUAUUGUAUUGCUUGGGGAAAAUUUCUAAUUAAUUUAUUGUUUAAGUCUAAUUAAAGAGUCCUUCUGUGUGCCUUCUGUACAUGGUAAUUUAAUAGUAGCAGCUCAAGAAGAACAAAUCAAAAAAUGCUAAAAACGUGGAAUUCAAAAUUGAGCUAUAAAAAUUUAAAUUAGUGAAAAGCUCAUCCGGCGAUCAGCUUUGGUCUGCGAUUGCUGGCUGUAAAGCUCACGGUUGGCGUCAACAAGUGGCUUUUCCACCGCUUUUCCACCCCCACAUCCGGAUCCAUGGAAGUCGCCGCUUUUCUUGGCCGCGAACCAGGUCAGUGAGCCGCAAAGAAAGGCUUUUGAGUGGGAGCUGCCAAGCUUUUCCGAGCCGCCCGGACUCGGCUUUUCCGAUGCACAGCUCGCCGGGCCGAGGCAAAAUGAUUUAAAUCCAUCCGCUCAGCAGCGGCGGCUCCCAGUCAUCGGCCGAAAGUGUUUGGAAACGGUUCGUUGGCAUUCCGACAGGAGCAUUUAGAGCCACAGCAGCCCCACCGCCUCCCAGUCGAUUGGGCGCCAAAAAAUCAGUUGGGCGCCAAAAAAUUUGUUCUCCUUCGGCAGUUGCCUCAAAAAUUCAAAAUAUUCAAAAUAUCAAAUUGGCGCCCAACAGAAGAGACGCCAGUGUAAAGUGCAUAUACACUGCUCUGGUUUCUAAACCGUUUUCCAUUUUUUUUUUUGCCGUGUUUGAAGUGCCAAGGAAGCGUUUUCAGUGCCUAAUGCCGAGUGUAUUCCAAGUGCCUCCAUUCAAUCGAAAUUAUUGAGUUUUAUAUUUUUGUCUUGUUUUUUCCUGUUGCUGCAGUUAACAUAUCAGUUAAAACAUAUGUACUUUCGAAAAUGCAAAGUGAAUACCAUCCGAAUUGAAAGGAAAUCUUGUAAAUCGUUAUCAAAUUUACAUUCAGUGUUAAACAACUGAAGGAAGGAAAUCAAGGCAUUGAGAGGAUUCUGAAAUCAAAAACACAUCUGAAUUUGCGUUUACCAUCAUCUGAAUUUAACUAAGCAUCAAGUAGCAAAUAUCAAAUAUAUAUAAUCACUAUAAUUAAUCACAUAUUUAGUGUGAAUCGCAUAUAUAAUCCCUUAAUCCCUUAAUAAUCUUAAUAAUCCCUUAAUAAUCUUAAUCUUUACGAUCAAGAGUGUCAAAAGAUCAAGAACGAUUGUAAUAUAUACAAAAAUAUUCAAACUUAAUGCAAUCGUAUUCGCCAACACUUAAAUAUAUCAAUGAUUAAGCAUAAAUCCAAGAGUGCAAUCAACUUAAUUGAGACUAGAAAACCUAUAUCGAACUACUCAAUAAUAUAAAGAUUAUAGACAAGUCUAAGUGAACACAAGUUUAUAGUUCUGUACGAUCUGUUUCUUAAUACACCAUAAUCAAAUAUAACCGAAUAGUCUUAACAAACCCAUUGAGAAAAGCUAUUGAAAGUACGCUGAAUAUUAUUAAGAACAUUAAGAACAUAGAUAUCAAUGAACAUACAAGAAGAGCUUAAAAAUGCAUCCCAUACUUGAUCGUUACUAUAGCGAUCGAUAUCAGAUCAAGCUUAUAACCCGAUAUUUGAUCGAGCUCCUUCGAUUGCGAAAGAAAACAAAGCGCACUUCCGAAUUAUCGGAGUAAAGAACUGAAUUGAAAAAAAAAAACAAUAUUACAAGCCACCGUUUUUAAAACCGGUUUCAAGACACCUCAUAGAGAGCCCAACUUGAACCAUAUUGAACCAUAUCGAACUCAAACCCGAACUUAUGAUAUAAACUGUAUUUCCGAAAUUGAGAACAUUCAAAUCGCGGUCGCAUUUCGCUACAUCAAACCGAUGUAGUCCCAUCGAUGCUUUGCAACCUGAGCGCUCAUUUCAAGACAAAUAUAUUCAUCAUGAGUGUCCAGAGCCGCCCAGGAUAUGUGAUCACAUAAGGACAACGCCAAGUCGCAGGUGUUCAUAAAAGAAAAAAUUAAAGAAAAAAGAGAGAGGAGAGAGAGAGAGAGAGGGAGAAGGAGAAGGAAAAAAUAUAUAAAAGAAAAUUGAGUUGUAGACGCGACAUGGAUACCAAGUUGGAGGCGCGUGGGCAGUUUCCGGCCUCGUUUCCGGACACAUUCAAGAACUUCUUUGCCAUGAUGAACGAAGACGAGGAUCAUGUGGGGCUCUUUGCCAAUCUGCUGGAGGAUAAGGUGAUUCCGCGCCAGAACAGCCCCGUGCAGCCCCAGCGGCAGCGGUACGGUGGCAGCAUGCGGAGUCACAGCGGCGGCGACCGCUCCGAUCGAAGGGGUCGCGCCGAGCGGCAGUACCAGCAGCAGAUCCAGAAUCAUCAUCAUCACCAGCAGCAGCAGCAGCAACAGCAGCAAGGCACCCAACAGCAGCGCGUCUUUCAGUCGCGCAGUCGCAGCGGCAGUGGCAGCAGCGUUGACCUUUAUGCUAAUCGCAAUGUAAGUUUCUCGACCACCACCAACCGGGUCAAUUCAUUGCGGAGGAAUCGCUCGCGAGGAUCGCUGACCACUCUGAGCAGCAAUGGCUUAAAUGCCCUGGGCCUGGGACCCGUGACCCUUGCACCGAAUGUCAGCUCGAGCAGCAGCGGCAGCGUCCUGGACUUGACCUUGCCGGGUGGCACUGGCACGGGGACUGGUGACGGAGGUGGCGGAGGUGGAUGCGGUGGCCAGAACGUGUAUCCUUCGCCCGCAAAGUCGAACCUGAAGCCCGCUCUGAAGGCGACCAACUCGUCGGUGGAUCGUGGAUGCGCACUCUUCGUUGGAAUCGAUGGUGAAUUUCAUUGCGGUGACAUCAAGUACUGUUCCCUGCACCAUGACAAUUCCGCAGAUGGCAUCCAACAACUCCAGCAGCAGCUCAAGAAUCAGCAACUCGGUUCUGGACAGAAGCACGUGACUAUGGCCUGUUGCGAGUGCGUUUGCGGCAGUGGCAAGGCUGCCCGUUCCGGACCCGAUGGCGAGGACAAUUGCGGUGCGAACUACCUGAAGGGCUAUUCUGGCGGAUACAUGCUACCACCGACGCCCAAGGGGAAGUCCAUCGACAAGGCGAGCAACUUCACUUCCGCCGAGCUGGCAGCCUCGAAGAAUAAGGAUCUGCAGGAGCGACAGGAGCGGCAGGAGAAACGUGGGUCGGUCAUCCUCGAAAGAGCCUUCGAUUUCGAUGCCAGCUGCGAUGAGAGCGACAGCAUAAGCAGCAGCACCCACAAUCCCGUGCCCUCGCCGGCUCCACAUCAGCUGGCCUACAAUGUCCUCAAGCCGAUCCUCAAGCAGCCGCAGCAGCAGCAGCAGAAGGCAAUGUUGCAUCCGCAACAUCAACAGGUAAAUGUACAGCAACAUCAAGGAGUUACGCAGCUGCAAUAUCAACAGGUGACGCAUCAGCAACUGGGCAACCAGCAGCAUCAAGUAGUGACCCAUCAGCCCCACCAACAGGUAACCCACCAGCAACAUCCAGGAGGAGGUGCCCACCAGCAGCACCAAGUGGUUGCCCAUCAGGCACACCCCCACACGCAGGCUAGCCACCAGCAGCCCGUGCUGCAGGUUCAGCUCCCGACCCCCGGGGUGCACGUGGUGCACCGCCUGCUGCCAACACCGCCCACCCACAGUGGAAAGGGGGCGUACCACACGCGUGAGACGGCCUUGCAGCGGGUGCAACAGCAGAGCGGCUAUUACAACCAGGGGCCGAGCACCUCGGCAUCUGCCUACGGCUAUAACCAGGCCGUGGAGCAACAGCAGAUGCAGCAGCAGCUGCACUACGAUUCGCACCAGGAGCUGCAGUUCGAGCAGCAUCAGCCGCACCAGUCGCAUCAGCAACAUCAGCAGCAGCAGCUGCAGCAUCAGCAGCAGCAGCAGCUGCAGCAUCAGCAGCAGCAGCAACAUCAGCAGCAACAAAAUCAGCAGCAGCAGCAGCUACAACAGCAACAUCAGCAGCAGCAACAGCUGCAGCAUCAGCAGCAGCAUCAGCAGCAACAUCAGCAGUACGCGGAUGACACCGAGCUUGAUUACGAUACGGAGUGGGAGUUGGAUGAGGAACCUGCACCUCAGAUUGUGCCGCCACUCACGACCUUCAACGAUUUCGUCAACGCGGCUCAAAAUCCAACUGGCAGUCGUCAGAGUCUGCGGGCCCAGAAGUCGCCGAUUUUGAACAGGCGUCGCGCCUCAUCCAUAGCCGGAAAUCUUUUGCACUCGGAUUACACUUACACCCGGAAUAGCAUCGGUGGAGCUCCGAUCGACUCAAACGACUUUCAGCGCAUUUCGCAUAGCAGCAGUGCCAGGGAUCGCAUGUCACUAGCCGGAGUCCUGACCUUUCAGCAGGCCAUGUCCGGAGCUGUGUCACCGCAGUAUGGCACAGUGGGAUCGCUGAAUCCCCAGCCACCCGCUUCUGGUGAAGCCGGGAAGCCGGGAAUUGUGGGAUCCGAUGGCAUUGGCGGAGGCGGAUCUUCACACAACUUAAAUUUGACGGUGGGCCUGGGGUUUCUCGGUGGUUCCAGCACCACUUUGGCAGCUGUCGCCGAGGUGACUAGUGGGCCGGAUGGCAAUGGCGACUCCACCGACUCCCCGUCCCCGGUCUCCAUGAUUCCCAGCAAUCAGCAGCAGCAGCAGCUGUUGCAGUUGCAGCUGCAGCAGGAGCAACAGCAUCUGCCCACCCAUUUGCCCAUGAAGCGGGAACGAGGCGUGGGCGAGUCCUCGGGGGCCAGCACAUCCGGCACCGCCAUCGCCGAACUGGCCUCCUCCGUCGUCCUGGCCACCCAGUCCGGCAAGCCGAUGACGGAGCGACAACGCUUAAGGACAUCCAGCAUGCCGGCGGAAAGUCGAAGGCCCCGUCUGGCGGAGAUGCGACGCUCGGCCAUCCAUGCCGGUGAUCCGGACAUGACCUACUACCGUUUGCGGAGCUUCAGCAUCACUUCCCAUGGCAUCUGCAACUUGGGCGAUUCCCUGAGAAGCCGCAGGUCACGUUCGAUCAACUCCGUGACUUCCACCGGCACCUCAAACAGCGGCGUGGAUCGACACAAUAGCAACGCAUCGGGGGCAUCGGGCGAAGUCAUCGACGGGGAUCCCAAUGUUCCGGCCUACAAAAUUGCCAUGCUCGGCGCCUCCGGAGUGGGCAAGACCACCCUGACUUACCAGUUCACCACUUCCGAUUACAUAUGCGCCUACGACCUGAGUCUCGAUGAUGACUACGGACAGAAGACGGUGUCGGUGCUGGUCGAUAACAUUGAGACGGACUUGGAGAUUAUUGAUCAUCCCGCAUGCGAGAUGUCGACGGAGGCCUUCUGCGCCACCUACAACAUCGACCUCUUCGUGGUGGUCUACUCUGUGAUAGAUCGAAACACUUUCGCAGCAGCCGAGCGUGUCCUGCAGUAUCUCAAGGAGAACGAGAUGCUCUUGUCCCGCGGAGCCAUCCUGGUGGCCAACAAAACGGAUCUGCAGCGACACCGAGUUGUCACCCGUCAGAUGGGUCGCAAGGUGGCCAAGGAAAUAGCGUGCAAGUUUAUCGAGACGUCCUCGGGACUGGAUCACAAUGUGGACGAGCUGCUGGUCGGCAUCGUGGCCCAGGUGAAACUCAAUCCGCAGCGUUUGCGAUUGCUAACGGAAUUGGAGCUGCAGCGCCUGAAUCUCCAGAGUACCAUCCAGAAGCACCGUGGAAUGCACCUGCAGACGCGUCGGAUGGUCCGCCAAAUGAGCGUUUGCCAGGGCGACGGGGAGAUCUUCGAUGGCGGAUUGCCGGAGGGGCUGCAGAACGGCGAGGCCAACGACGAUCCGGACGGAGUGCCUAGCACAUCGAAGGCCGGCCGGUCGCGGAUCGAGAAUCCCAACCGCAAGCCCCUAAACCUGGAAAGCAUAUUGAAGAUGGGCGAAAGCGAGGUGGACGAGGACGAGGAUGUGGUCAAGUCGUCGCAGCUGAGCAAGUUCAAUAUGCUGGCGGCAUCCAUACGUCAUCGUCGUCCAUUCCGCAAGCGUCGCUCGUUCGACGGCGGCGUUUCCACGUCUGCAGCCGCGGAUGCAGCAGCUGAACUGCAGCGGCGCUAUCAGCUCCGGGCCAUGGAUGAUCUGCAGCUGGAGGGACGACUGGCAGGAGCGACGGAGGAGCGCUUCGGGGAGAGAAGUGGACUGGCCGACAGCGAUGACGAGGAGGACGGUGAGGACGCAGUGGAUGGAGGACACCGGAAUGCCUGCAAUCGCAAGGUGGUCAAGAAACUAACCGCCCGCACCAAGGUAUUCAUCUCGUCGGUGCUGCGCUUCAAGAAGGCCAUCAGCCUCAAGCGGCGGAACUCCUCCAGCUGCAGCGAUCUCUUCGUGAUCUAAACGGUUGGCGGCGGCGGCAUAGGAAGUAGGAAGCAUAGGAAGCAUAGACUGAAUGUACAUAAACGGAGUAUAGAAGGAGGCGAAGUGGGAACAUAGAAAUGGAAGCGGAAGCGGAAACGGAACCGGAACCGGAACCAUCCAGACCAGGAGAUCCAGAGACCAAAACAGGCAGGCAUAACGAAACAGCAGCGCAAACCGAGGUGGAGUCGAACACGGAAGUGCAGGUGUAAAGGAGGUCAACUUAUGAGGAAGUUUCCAGUUGCAUAUUCCACAAAAACUACAGGGACAUUUUCCGUUUCAUUGGCCAUCGGACGUUUGCAGAUUCAGAGCUAUAGAUUUUGCACUUUUUGAUGGCAACUGCAACUCGUCGGGCGAAGGCAAGCAAUAUGAAAUUCUGGGCCAAACAGAUUUCUAGAAAUUUAUAAUCACUUGAAAUGGCAUUUAAAAGAGUGGUCUAGUCAUCCAUGCCCGUGCGACUUGCGGACUGAAAAUAUAUUGUAGACAACCUUUGGAAACGUAUGUAAGUGAUAUUAAGCAUCUAGAAAGUUUUGAACAGGCGAAUAUAACAUAACAUUAAAAAGCAAAAGACAUACCCUUUUACCACGAACCCAACCGGUAGGUGGCGCUGCAAAUGCGGACAAUAAUUUUCUUAACAAAAAUAUUGAUCAGCAAAUUUUACAAAAUCGAAAAACAAAGAGUUAA